AUGCCAACCGACGUGAAAGUUGCCCAAGCAAUUGGCACCAUCGGCUGCGCUCUGGCAGCAAGUGGAAUUGCCACACUUUCAACCUUCAGCAUCCCAAACCUCAUACUCCCCUCACGCCAAACCGGCAAAACAGCCACAUACGAUAAAAAACCAGGAACCCCGGCCCCGCACCUAACAAACCAAUGGCUUGAUCUCUACGACCGAGGCAAGAAGUUCUUCCCUGGGCUGGCGGGCUUCUCCUCGCUCGCAAAUCUUUAUGUUUCAUGGAAAGUGCGGGACUCGCCUCUCCCAGGACCUUUCGGAUUGACCUGGUCAAAGUGCUAUCUGCUUGCGAUUGCGAGCACGAUGGGAAUUGUGCCAUUUACGGUACUGGUUAUGAGCAACACGAACAAUACGCUGAAGGCUCAUGCUACGCGUGAUGAUGCGGCUGAUGAGGGUUUGCGGCCACAUGAGAUGGAGAACAGGGAGAGGGAUGAUGAGGAGGUCGUUGGGGUAUUGGGGUAUUGGGCGAAGUUGAACUUGGCGAGGUCUUUGUUUCCGCUUGUUGGUGCUGGGAUUGGGUUCUAUGCUGCUGUUUCGAGUGUGAUUCUUCCUUGA